CCGGCAAGGAAACAGUGGCGGGUAAAGUUUUUCUUUCCUCCCCAUCUUUGUUAUCCUUUUUAUUAUUGCACACAUACUUACUGCUAUAAGUUCAUCUUCACAAACCAACCAUGAGGCGCACAAGAAGUUCGACAAAUAAAAGUCAGAGUGCACAAGAAACUAAAGAAGAAGAAGCCCUGUCCAAAACAGUGUGGCAGUGGAAAGGAGAUGAAGGACAGUGGGAACCAUACUCGGCUGCAGACUGCGCCUUGUUGGACUCGGCCGUCUCUUCGGGAAACACGUCUGCCACUCUGUCUCUGGGCUCUGGGACGAGCUACGAGGUCGACCUGAAGAAGAUGCUCCAGAUUAAUCCCGUCACCAAGUACAAGAGGAAGAUUCGCUCUCAGACUGUAAAACCAGAAAGUUUGAACGAGGCCGGUGAGCUAGAAGCUCAAAAUGAGAGGCCAGUUGAACUUAAAGAGGAAGAGGAGGAGAUGGAGAAGCAACCUGCAGCGAAGAGGAAGAGAGCGCAGAGCAAGAGUCAGACAAAAACUGAGAAAAAACCCAAAGAAGAAAUAAAAAGUGAAGAGGUCGUGAAGACGGUGGUCAUGAAGGGAAAAGCUCCGGUGGACUCUGAGUGUAAAGCCAAACUGGGAAAGGCUCAUGUUUACAGUGAAGGGAACGAUGUUUACGACAUGAUGCUCAAUCAGACAAAUCUUCAGUGUAACAACAACAAAUACUACCUGCUCCAGCUGCUGGAAGACGACGGCUCCAGGGCGUACAGUGUGUGGUUGCGAUGGGGCCGAGUGGGAAAAGUGGGUCAGAGCAGUCUGACAGCCUGUGGUGGAGACCUGCUGAAAGCCAAAGAUUUCUUCAAGAAAAAGUUUUUAGAGAAGACCAAGAAUGAGUGGGAACACCGAGCGAGUUUUGAGAAAGUAGCUGGAAAAUAUGACAUGGUGUUCAUGGACUACAGCGCGAACAAUAAGGCAAAAGAACCAACAACUCAUUCAUCUAUUCAAUAUCUUCGAUCAUUUUGUAUAAUUGAUACAUUUCACUGUUUCCAGGAGGAGAACCUGACCACUGUGGACGCUGCACCCAAGAAGAAGACCUCCAAGCUGGAUGUGAAGAUCCAGUCGCUCCUGGAGCUAAUCUGUGACAUCAAAGCCAUGGAGGAGUGUGUGCUGGAGAUGAAGUUUGACACUCGGAAAGCUCCUCUGGGCAAGCUGACCACGGAGCAGAUCCGUGCAGGCUACAUCGCGCUGAAGAAAAUCGAGGAUUGUUUGAAGAAGAAGAGCAACAGUCCUGAGCUGCUGGAAGCAUGCAACCAGUUCUACACCCGCAUCCCUCACGACUUUGGGAUGAAAACUCCGCCAAUUAUCCGUACAGAAGAUGAGCUUAAGGAGAAAAUUUCACUUUUGGAGGCUCUGAGUGAGAUUCAGAUAGCAGUGAAAAUGGUUCAGUCCAGUGGAGAGGGUGACGAACAUCCUCUGGACAGACAGUACUGCUCCCUCCAGUGUCAAAUGCAGCCUCUGGACUCCAGCAGCCACGAGUACACGGUGGUAGAAAAGUAUCUACAUUCCACUCACGCCUCCACACAUAGUGACUACACCAUGUCGGUCCUUGACAUCUUCUCAGUGGACAGAGAAUGUGAGAGGAACAACUUCCUCUCACAGAUGCACAACAGGACUCUGCUGUGGCACGGUUCCCGGCUGUCUAACUGGGUCGGCAUCCUCAGCCAGGGGCUCCGAGUGGCCCCACCUGAAGCCCCCGUCACUGGUUACAUGUUUGGUAAAGGUAUCUACUUUGCUGACAUGUCAUCAAAGAGCGCCAACUACUGCUUUGCCACUCAGAACAACCACGUGGGACUGCUGCUGCUGAGUGAGGUCGCUCUGGGAGACUGUAACGAGCUGCUGGACGCCGACUACGAGGCCAACAACCUGCCGGCUGGAAAACACAGCACCAAGGGCCUGGGACAGACCGGACCCAACCCCAAAAACGCUGUCAAUCUCGAUGGUGUGACGGUGCCCAUGGGACCGGCGGUGAAGACAGGUGUGGGUAAAAACAGCUGUUACUCCCUCCUGUACAACGAGUUCAUCGUUUACAACCCGGCCCAGACCCGCAUGAGGUACCUGCUGCGGAUCAAGUUCAACUACUCUUCACUGUGGUGAGACACAGUGUGGACGCACGAAAUCUGGUGAUUUCUGGGUGCUUUUCUCCCCACAAAGCAGGGACGGUGUACGACUUAAAUCAUUCUUCCUGUACAGUUAGAUUCUGGUUCUUGGGGGGAAAGGAUGUGAAGCCUGAACACACUUCUGUCACUGGGGGGGCGAACAGGAAGGUUUGCUUCCUCAGUGAUGUACAGCUGCAGCAAAAAUAUGUCAUAUGAAUAUGUAUGUCUUUGGGUUUUUCAUGUUGUUCAAAGAAAGCUUCGCUGGCAUUUUUCACCGUUUUCUGACAAAACCAUUAAACGUUUAUGCAGCUCACUCAAUUAAAAUGAGAACGCCAACAAAACUACAUUUUUCUACAGUGUUUGUUUUUGUUAAUAUUCAAUGCUGCGUCUUCUUGAGUCAUAAAAUGACAUUGGACUCUGUCAAUUACUUUCUGAAUAUUGUUCGGUUUGUUCAAUGAACUUUGGUGAAGAUGGAUCCAUGUGAAAAUCUGCUCAAAAUGUUGUUCAUGCUGCUUUAUCUCACAUUCAUCUUCAUAUCAACGUGAGCUGUAUAGUGUUCAUUUUGGUCUCUGCUUUGGUUCUGUAUGAAAGACGAAUGGCCUCGUGGAUCUUGUGGAUUAUCAGCGUCUGACUUUUAAUCUCACAACGUAACGAUUUAGAAGUUCUUCAUGCAGGUUUAACUUGAGCAUUUCUACUGAAUGAUAACCUAAAUGCUAUUGAAUGUGCCGAAAAAACAGAAAUGUAAUGCUUUCAUUUGUUUCUAUAAUUGUAGGGGAACAUGCACCGCAAAACAACAAAUACAGUACAACCAUUUUCAUGUCGCAGUAGGAAAAAAAACACAGAAAAUCAUUUAUUUUCAGUUAAUACAGGAGUUAUAGUAUAUACAUGAUUAUAAUAACAAAGACAUUUUCAUCGUGGUUACAGUUUGGAGUGUCAGUCUGUCUGUGUGUGUAAAUGUGUUUUAGUUUCAUCUCCUCCCCAGCAGGCGGAGGAAGAUGAGGACGAUGUCCAGGUAGAUAUUAAGAGCAGCGUUGAUGUAUUCCUCUGGAUCCAGACGGUAGCUCAUCAUCCCCAUCAUCUGCUGACAGUCCAUCAGGAACUGAGGGGAGGAAGAGUUAGGACAGGGUGAGAGAGUACCACCAGAUAACGAUUAGGAAUUAAUGACAUAUUUUAUAAUAGAAGACAUGUCACAGUAGGAAAUAAUAAAACGAAUAAUGGUUGAAUUCCAAUUAGCUUCUCCGGUUUCAGGAUGAGGAAGUUUGUCGGUUGCGGUUUAUAAAGACAUUCACAGUUGUCCCUUCCUCCCAUCGUAAUAUAAUAUGGCAAACAAGUUGUCUUUUCCUGGUUUUAAAGGCUUUAUUAAACUAAAGUGAUGUAUUUUCUUGUAGUUCCAGCUUUGCUAUUAUUUGCCUUAACCUACUUAGUCAUUAUAUCCACAUAAGUGAUGAUUAUUUAUCAAUAAUCUCAAUGAAAAUAUGUUUUAUAAGCAUUACUAGUCAACCCUACAAUAUCGUCUUAAUAUUGAUAUCAAGGUAUUUGGAUAAAAAUAUCGUGAUUUUCCUUCAGCCCUCGUUAAUGAAAGUUAACCCCAGAUUCACUCUUGUUAUAGAAUGAGCUUCGUCUGUUUUAAUUUCUCUUUAUAUUUGCGUAUUUUCAGCGCUGUGUCGGCCAUUUUUGUAGUUUUGCCUUGGAUGUGUGCUUACGUCUUGGGCACCUGAUUGGAUCGUUGGUUAUAGAGGUUGACGUUUGUGGUGGUCCCUUUGGUACAUCCCCUUGAAUAGUAGUGUUAAUAUCAUAUAUACAUAUAUAUACGUAUAUAUAUAUAUAUACAUACAUAUAUACAUAUGUAUAUAUAUAUGUAUACACACGUUGUUAUAUAUAGGCCUACCAGUGAAUACAGCAGAGCACCCAGACAUCAGACGUCAUCAGUGAUGAAGGAGUAGAAUGUGCAUGAAGCCAAACAUGAUCAUGUCCACCGUCAGAUUCAGCAGAACACCGUACCAAAUAGUGAAAUCAUGAGUCUGCAAAGAAUGCAGAGACAUUAGUACAUUCUGUACUUUCAUUCAGACAUUCUUUGUAUUCUUAAUUGCACACCAGCCCGAUAGCACAACCUUCAGAGUAUAUCACCCUUCAGUCAAUCUUUUCAGUAUUUUCUCCAUUCAUAGAUUUUAGUUUUUGUGCAAAUAAAUAGUGUAAAAUGUCCUCCUCUGUCGCCCAGAGCCCGAUGUGACAUCUUAAAAUGUCUUGUUUUGGUUGACCAGCAGUCUAAACCCAAACAGAUAAUAACUUUAAAAUGAUAUGAAAAGAUGAAACCGAAGAAUUAUAGAUAUUCUUUCUUUAAAACACGAUCAAUGGUCAGCAUAGUUGCUGAUUAAGCUUCUGUCAAGCGUCUUCAUCAAUUAAUUGACUAAUUAUUCAUUCUGAGUCUUCUGAUACUUACAGCGCUUGCAACGCCUAUCAUUGGAUUUUCUUUACAAGAAGCCGUUGAGGGCUAUAACUUCAAAACUGAUACGUUAGGCAACAGACAAAGUUAGGCAACUGUUCAAAGUAAACACAGAUCAUGAUGUCUGUAGUAGGAAGCAUUUAGAAAUGCAGCUCUUUGGCUCCGCCUGGUUCGCUGACCUGUGCAGAGAAUGGAAUGAUUGCCACAGAAAUGGUCAUCGUUGCUCCCAAAGUGAUGACGAAAUCAGUGGUGUCGUGGAAGGAGGCGAUGGUUCCCACCAUGUAUGACAAGCUCAGGGUGACCACAACCUGUAGGCACAACAUGUAAUGUAUGAACCAUCACCCUCAGCUGAGAAGGGUUUUUUUGCUUCACUUUUAACUGCUUCAAUCAGGCAGAUCCAGAUAGUUUAUGUCAUUCAAUAAUCAGUCUUUUAGAAUUAAGACGUGUUAAGUGCCCACUCGUCUACAAGAAACCUUUAUUUUUAAUUUUGUUUUAGCAGAUACAGGCUUCAUGAAUACCAUCACGAGUAUAUAUAAAGCAUAUUUGUGUAAGUUUGAAAUCCUUGAGCUGUCUGCUGAGGAGGUGUUUAUUCAAUCUCUACAUGAAGGCAUGAUCACUAUACUUGAUGUGACGUCUCCUCACUAGGGAGACGGCUGCUCCAUGUUCCAGCAGAAAGCUCCUGUCAAGGCAUUUGUUAGCUUCAGGGAGUGACAAAGCCCUGUGGGCGUGCACUUCUAAACCCGGCAAUGUUUGUGCUCUGCAUUGUGUAAUUAUCGCUCACAAUACAGGAAGUCCUCAUUUUAAA